AUGGAACACCCGAACCAGACUUCAGUGACAUUUUUCAUUAUAAAAGGUAUUUCAGAUGUUCCGAAGCUACAGGGACCAAUCUUCUGUCUUGUUCUCAUUAUCUAUAUCAUUAGCAUAGCUGGUAACAUGACCAUCGUUAUACUUGUCUGCCUGGAUCCCCAUUUGCAAACUCCAAUGUACUUCUUCCUAUGUAACUUGUCCCUCAUGGACAUGUCUACCAUCACCGCUACUCUACAUAAGGUUUUUGUUAUCUUCAUUACAGGGAACAAUAAGGUGACCAUUGCAGGCUGUAUGACACAGCUCUACCUAUUUCUGUCCUUCACCGGUGAUGAGUUGUCUAUAUUAACAGCCAUGAGUUAUGAUCGCUAUGUGGCCAUCUGUAACCCUUUACGGUAUCAAGCUCUUAUGAACCCUAAAAUCUGCAUUAUAAUGGCCACUAUUUGCUGGUUGUAUGGCUUUCUUCAAGCUAUACCUUAUCUUUAUUUCAUAUCAAGCUUCUCUUGCUACAGAUCCAACAAAAUCAAUCAUUUCUUCUGCGACGUUGUGCCUCUGAUGCAAAUCACGUGCAGUGAUACCUCUGUAUUAGAACUAUAUAUACUUACCGGAUCAAAUAUUUUAGCUGGUUUAACACCCUCCCUUUUAACCUGCAUACCAUAUAUUUUUAUUAUUUCCACCAUACUUAAAAUUAGUUCCAGCACAGGGCGCCGUAAAACGUUCUACACCUGCUCCUCACAUAUCACAGUUGUGGUUCUUCUCUACGUGACUCUUUUUUGUCAAUAUAUUCGACCAGUCUCAAUGGACAACUUAAACUCAAAAAAGCUUUUAUCCCUCAUUAACACAGCUGCAGUUCCUAUAUUAAAUCCACUGAUAUACAGUUUAAAAAAUAAAGAUGUAAAAUCAGCAUUGGGACAAUGGGUAAAGUCUUGUAAAGUAUAA